GUAAACAUCGUUGUAAUAACUUUUGACACUGAAAAUUCAUAAUUUUAUCGAUUUCGUGAAAAAGAUCAGAGAGAAGAACGGUAUUAUGAAUGUCUACUGAAGUAUUGUAUGAUGUUCUGUUAAUAUUUAAUAAAAUUUGAACGGUUUAUUAUGGUCGUUGUUAGGGCAACCUAACGCCAAAUUCAAUAUAAAAGCUUUUAUAAAGGUAAACAAAUACACAAUAUCGCAUGGUUGUUUUGUUAUGAUUAUAAAAGUUUCGUAGAAGUAUCUUUCCUAAGAAAGCAUGGUUUUACAUAACGGGAGUUACACUUGCGAGCUCCAAAAAGGAAAUAAAAUGGAUCCUUUACAAGAAUCACAGGAUAAAUUUUGUGAAAAUCCAAACGAUGUCUCUAAUGCACGAGAAAAGGUCUGUGAAACGAUUGUAAUGGAAGAAAGGAAGGAAACAGUUGAGACACUCCAAAGUGCCUUUUUGAAAUUUAAAAGAAAUAGACGGAAUAAGCUGAAGCAAUAUGCGGUAUCAGAAGACAGAUCAAAGCAAAAUGUGAGAACGACAGAACAAAUGGAUCAACUGAGAAAAAAGUUUGUUGAGCAAGCAAAGUCCUACUUUGGAGUACCUUAUGCCAGGCGAUACCAUGAACCAGGCAGUCCAGAAUACGAUGCUCCACUGUUCCUUGAUUGCUGUGGACUUGUGCGUAAAGUGCUUCGUGACUUGAAGGAAGAUUUUGGAUUUUUUAUUGGGCCUUGGAAUCAAGCCUACAUGUUCGAUACUCUGCCGGGUACAAUUGAAAAUGUUAAAGAAAUGAAACCGGGAGAUUUGGUUUUUGUAUCUGGUGUUUUCUUUAAUCCCAAAAAACGUAAACAAAAGCAUAACAUGGUUCAUGUUGAGAUCUGGGCUGGUGAUGGAGAGAAGACAAUCGGGGCGAGAUGGCAGAAAGGAAAGGUACAGAUUCACGAUUCGUAUCAGUAUGUAUCAAAGAGUUACUAUAACAUGGUGUAUCAUUUCAAGUCUAUUGACACGUGGUUGAGAGGUACAUGCAAAAGCUUUUGUUCACAACAUCGUUGGAGAACUUCGGCUCGAUCUGGACUAAAAAAAUCUAUAUUUUCAACGCCGCAAUCUAACGAACGAGCUGAUGAUUUGGGUGAAGAGGAAAGUUUUAAAGAAAAUGAAGGCUUGGAUGAGACGGCGGGAAAUGUUUUGGGGAGAAACGUUUCUGAAGAUGAGCAAGUAAACGACAAUGACGAAGAGGAUUUUGUGAAAAGCAAAACAGAAAAUCGUUAUCAAGGCAAUGAAGAAGCGAAAACAGGAUGGGUCCAGGAUGUCCGCUCAAACGAUCAAAAAGAUAAAAUGGAAGGCAAAAUAAUCGAUUUUAAAAAAGACCUUAUUGAUAUAAAAACAGAACAUUGUGAUAUUGAUGAAGAAGAUAGCGCUGUAAAAGAGGAUAUCUUUUCUGAUAAUACAUGUCUCACUUGUUUUUGUAGCCUUUGUACAUCCGAUGUCGAUCCUUCGGUAGAAGACAAGGCAUCGGAACAAGUACAGGUUUUGAAUGGUAGUUGUCCGUUAGAAAGUAAUAAUGAGAAUGGAUACAAUACAAAUUCAGAAGUAGAUUAUGUAAAUACAUCUUUGUCAUUGGAUAAUAUCAAUGUUGAAGUAACUGAGGUUACAACUCGUCCUAACUCUGGAGGCGGAGCCGAAGGAGGCGGUGCAAGGAAGCAGGGAUUGAUGAAAAACUCCGUCAACAAAAGAGAAAGAGGCGGGACAAGAAGAAGAGGCAACAACGAUGAUGAUCAGACGAACAAUCCGAGAGAUCCUUCAAAACCAUUUUGCAGACCAAGCCCAUCCUCAACGAGUUUACAUCAAAAGGCCCCAACGUUUUUUAUUGGUGGUCACAACGGAGCAAAAAUGGUUGAAGCAACGCUAUCUUCACUUGGUUGGAAUCGAAUUUAUGAUAAGCACGAUCAGACGUUUUACCUCAAAUGGGUGGAAUGCAAAAGAAAUUUAGAUUUCUUAAGCUUUAGAGAAGGUGAGCAACUGGUGAACCACAUCCCCAAUGGUAACGUUCUCACAACUAAAAUCGGAUUACUGACAAGUUUACAAGAGUUUGAAAGGGUGAACAGCAAAAUACAAUCUCCCAGCAGAAGAGCAAUUCAGAUGAAAGAUUUUGUACCGGAGACUUUCAAACUUCAAAAUCAAACGGAAAUAAAUAACUUCAUUCAGCACAUUUACCAAGACGGUGAAAUAUGGAUAUGCAAACCAACUGGGAUGAAUCAAGGGAAGGGAAUUUUCCUGAUUCGGAAUCGAGAUGAACUAUUGGAAAAACUUGGGCCUUUGGUAAACAACCAAGGUCGCCAGAGAUGUUUCCCAUCUCCUGGCAGAGUUGUGCAAAGAUACAUCCUUAAUCCUUUCUUACUUAACGGAUACAAAGCUGACAUCCGCACCUACAUGUUGAUCGCAGGCACAUCACCUUAUAUGGUUUUCUAUUAUCCGGGCUACGUACGAUUGUCUCUCGUGCCGUACAGUUUGAACCAGGAAGAAGUACAUGCGCACCUUACCAAUCAGUACAUCCAAAAAAAACAUCCUUUGUACGAACAAGUGAAAGAAGAGACAGUUUGGAGUCUGGAGCAACUUCAAGAAUAUGUUAGUAAAAGCAGUAACAACGCGUUACCUUCUGACUGGAUGGCGACUUCUUUCACGAAACGAAUGCAAGAGAUUAUGCUGCAUUGUUUCCAGAGCGUGCGCUACAAACUCGAAAGGAAAUUGGGAUAUUUUGAUUUGCUUGGCUUUGACUUCAUGCUCGAUGAAGACUUGAAGGUAUGGCUGAUCGAGAUCAAUGUUAAUCCAGCGUUACACACGAAUUGCAAAAUUUUAUCCGAUGUCAUUCCGGAGCUGGUCGAUUCUACUUUAAAGUUGGUUUUAGAAGUGUUUGAAAAAAGCAAGAAGAGGGAGAAAGUAACUCCAUUGGAAAAUCUCGGAAAGUUCCAAUUAAUUUUCAGCGAUGACAAAAGGUAAUAUAAAGCGGAAUGGGACGUCAUUCAUGAGAAGAAAAUAUACAUGUUGAUAUUCUGUGCCUUCUCAGAGAAUUACGGUUCAGCCAUGUGAAAGCCCUGGGCAAGCCACGCCCGAAAACGGGUAGAUUUCGUUAUACGCUGAACAUUGUUGGGUUGUUUUAAAGCCGUGUAGCAGGUCUAUAUGAUAUAUGACAUGCAGUCUUUCUCUACUUAAAACAGCGUGAAUGAAAGAAAAGACGUAACAAAGUUUUAACAAUCUUAUUUUUUUACAACAAUACUAGAAAUCAUUACAGACAAUAUCUUGUCAUAUAAGAAGUGUCUUACUCGUAAUUUACUUCCAUAAAGCGGACAAAAUGACCACCGACACCGUGUUUUGUAGAAAUCCAAACAUUCACCCGUUCCUUCGGCACGUGAAAAGACAGAGUGCUGUUAAAUAUAAUCUUUAAACUAUUUAUAAGCAUUUUUAUGAUAACAAAAACUGAACUCGAAUUUCUAACCCAAAUUCUUAAUCCGUCUUUAGCUUUGAUACCAUUUUAUUUGGCCGAUGGGACCAGCCCAUUACGGCAAAAAAACGGGUAAAAAUAUCCGAGCCAAUUUGCAAACGAAAUUUUCAGGCAAGCAAGCAAUA